AUCAGUAGAGACAGCCUGGGAGGGAAGGGCCAAGGCUCGUUGAGGCUGACUUCAGGCACCGCUACCAUGGAUGGCCUGUUACGGGGUAUCUGUGUCCUCUGCUUGUUGAACCUGUGGGGAGAAGUACUGUGUCACCUUCACUCAGAAUGUGACUUCAUCACUCAGCUGAGAGAGGACGAGCUUGCAUGUCUUCAGGUGGCAGAGGCGACCAACUACACACUGGGCUGCUCUGGGACCUGGGACGGGCUGUUGUGCUGGCCCCCGACAGGUUCUGGCCAGUGGGUCACUCUCCCCUGUCCUGACUUCUUCUCUCACUUCAGCUCAGAGCCAGGAACUGUGAAGCGGGACUGUACCAUCACUGGCUGGUCUGAUCCCUUUCCACCAUACCCAGUGGCCUGCCCUGUGCCCUUGGAACUGAUAGCCAAGGAGAAAUCUUACUUCUCCACGGUGAAGAUCAUCUACACCACGGGUCACAGCAUCUCCAUUGUAGCCCUCUUCGUGGCUAUUGCCAUCCUGGUUGCUCUCAGGAGGCUCCACUGCCCUCGGAACUACAUCCACACACAGCUGUUUGUCACCUUCAUCCUCAAAGCCAGUGCUGUGUUCCUGAAGGAUGCUGCCAUUUUCCAGGGAGAUAGCAUGGACCACUGCAGCUUGUCCACUAUCCUGUGCAAGGUCUCUGUGGCCAUCUCCCAUUUUGCCACCAUGACCAACUUCAGCUGGCUGCUGGCGGAAGCUGUCUACCUGAGCUGCCUGUUGGCUUCCACAUCCCCCAGAUCCAAACCAGCUUUCUGGUGGCUGGUUCUUGCCGGCUGGGGGCUCCCCAUGCUAUGCACUGGUACGUGGGUGGGCUGCAAACUGGCUUUUGAGGACACUGCGUGCUGGGACCUAGACGACACCUCCCCCUACUGGUGGAUCAUCAAAGGGCCCAUAGUGCUCUCUGUUGGGGUUAACUUUGGGCUGUUUCUCAAUAUAAUUUGCAUCCUGCUGAGGAAACUGGAGCCUGUACAGGGUGCUCUUCACACACGGGCUCAAUACUGGCGGCUUUCCAAGUCAACACUUCUCCUUAUCCCGCUGUUUGGAAUUCAUUACAUCAUCUUCAACUUCCUGCCUGACAGUGCUGGCCUUGGCAUCCGUCUACCCCUGGAGCUGGGACUGGGGUCCUUCCAGGGUUUCAUUGUUGCAAUCCUCUACUGCUUCCUCAACCAAGAGGUGAGGACAGAGAUUUCACGCAAAUGGUAUGGCCAUGACCCUGAACUUCUGCCAGCUCGGCGGACCUGCUCUGAGUGGACCACACCUCCCCGAUCAAGAGUGAAGGUGCUGACCUCUGAGUGCUAGGCCAGCCAUCACCAGGGACCAAGACCCAAACUGUGUACUCAAAUGGUCAUGCCACCAUGGGCAGUAUGGUCCUCCCUCCCAUUCUCUGCUUUGGCUUUCUCUAGGUCCCUGUAUAUCAACCUCUGACUUUCUCAGUUCCUGUUAUCUGCCUCCAUCUGUUCUUUCUUCCCAUCUAGGGCUAUUGCCCAAGGCCCAGAGAAACCAAUAAACUUGUACAUGAGUGAUCCAUGGCUGAGUCAAUGUGGCUCUAAAGGGGAGCUCUUGUCAGCAGCCAUUAUUUGAGCUUCCGGUGCAUUCCUCAUUCCUUGGCUCCAGCUGCCUUAAUGCCAUUUGUCUUUAUAAUAAUUCUCAUGCUUUAUUUAUUUAUUUAUUUUUUAAAGCACUCUCUUUUGUCCCAACCUCAGCUCCCCUUCCCUUCUUCCCACAGGCAAAGAUGUGAAUCUGCAUUUCCGUGUCUGCAAACAUAGGGUGUGCCUUGUGUGUAUUUGAAUUUAAAUAAAUGCUAU